AUGCCUUCCCAUCAUACUUACAAUAAGGAUAAAACAACCAGGGUGUUAAAGAGAGACCUAGAGGGCAAAGGCAAGUACGAUGCAGAUGGUCACGAGAUCACUACAUAUAGAGUGAACAGCAAAGGAAAACUUAAUGGGAAAGAAGUCACAAAAUAUAAAUAUUGCAAAGAGGAAGACUACUAUCGUCUAGAUGCUAAUGGGAAGCUUGGUCGAGAUGAAGUCGACAGCUCCCGCCGGAAGGUGAAAAAAGCCUCGACAACAUCUAAUCUUACAGCUGGAAUUGAGCAACAGAGAGCAGUGGCCCAGCGCGAAGGAGAUAGAGAUAGACGGCUUGAAGCUGCAGAAGCUAGACAACCAGGAAGUCGUGCUGAAUCAUCAAGGACAUCAACAGGAGGAGGCUCAGGUGGACAGCCUCGUACAGCAUCUAGAGAGAGACGAAGGAGGCAGAGCCCGAGUGGACAAACUCUUACUGCAGAACAAAUUGAGCGACAAACUCAAGAAGAAGUAGAAGCAACAGCACGCUUUCAUGAGCCUGGCGUAUUUACCGAACGCCAGCCGCCUGUCGGCUCUCAGAAUUCAUCAGACAGGCCACCGAGCUACGGAAACCAUAAAAAAGACUAUAUAGAUCGACAAAUUGCCGGACCAGCUGAGGGACCUCGCAAUGCCAAUGCCCCGCCUUUCUCCGAUAAACCUCUCUCGGCUCCUGGGCCAACUGGUCAGACUCCUAAGUUAGGCAAGCGGGUGUCAAGAGAUACAAGACCUCAAGCAACUUUCGGCGGUAGAUAUGAUCCUGCCGCUCCUCCUAAUUAUUCAAGCGACGAGCCUAAGCGUGGAAAUGAGUCGAUCACCAGCGGUAGUGAUGGAGCAGGUCGUGGAUAUCCUAGUGGUUCGGAUGAUAUUUUUAAAUGGUCUAGUUCAGAAGAUCAAAAAUCAUCUGGGGAGAAGGGCAAGCCUAAGAGUGUGCCUGAGCCGAAAGGUACUUCAAAGAGGGGAGGUUCUUCUAAAGCAACAGAACCGACAACAACCAAAAAGUCAUCAGCCGGAAAAGCACCAACCAACAGUUCUUCUAUGUCAAGACCGUUGUCGGGCGACAGCUCAAUGGGAGACACGGAGAGUUCGCCACGAAAGUCUUUGGCACAACAAGGACGCAGCCGAACUGAGGAUCGUGGUUUCAGCAAAAGAGAAAGUAGCAAAAGAGAAACUAGCGAAGAGAGACGUCGUGGUAAGCUGCCUGUUAGGACAAAGGAAGAUCCGGCAAAAGGAAGUAGUUCCAGGAGGCAUCACGAAUCGUCGGAUCCUGAUAGUCUUUAUGGAAGUUGA